AUGACGACCAUCGCGAAAUUCGCUAUCUUCUUCAUCGUGCUGUUCUUCGUUGAAGCAUUCAACAUCAAAAAACCAAAAGAUGAGGUUGGCUCACGCUUCCCACAAAACAAGCCGUUCUUCAUGAUGAAGAAAUCAAUGUUGGUGGGAAUGAGUGAGACUACAGAGCAGGUCUGCGAAACGGUUAUCAUGCAUAACCUUCAACCAGUCUUUGGACACCUGAUCAAUGGUAGUCAAGUUGAAAUUCUCCAACGGAGUGAUUUCAAGUUCACCAAAACCUAUGUAGAAUGUUCUCGAGACGACCGUCCAACUUGCCAUGGAGUGAAGGAAAACAUGUACAUCAGCGAGUGCGUCACUGUUUUCGAGAAAGCAAGAACAAUGGUCAGACUUGUCGACAGCUUCGGACCAUUUGCAAUGGGAACUAUCAAGACCCCGAUCCUCUGCGAAUGUCGUCUGAGACGCCAGUAUCGCGAAUUCGAACGCUCAGAUGCGGACGAGGAUGAAUAA